AUGGGUGCAGCUAAGCCACCAAGAUGUGCAUAUUCACGUGUUCAAACUGAACGACAAAAGACCGACGAUGACCCAGGUGGUCUGCAUUCAAUCAUCGCCGACAUGGUUGCCAACCCUGACGUUGUAUCUGCCGAGGAGGUGCUAUCGAGAAAGUAUGACCAGUGCUUGUCGAAUGCGGUUGUGAAGGCGGGCAUGGGGAUCAGUGUUGGUGUUGGUUUGUCUUUCUUAUUUUUCAAACGGAAAAUGUGGCCCAUAGCAAUGUCAACUGGUUUCGGCUUGGGUGUUGCAUAUGAACAGUGUGCAAGGAGCUUCAAUCCACGCCGUGAGUUAGGUCAAGAAUUGCGAAAAGCAUCCGACCUCGCUGGCAAGCCAUAAUGAUGACAUGACAGC